AGGCUGGUCGACGCCUGGGUGGGCGGAAAACUCACUUCGCGCGGCUUUUCCACAGCUUUCCCACGCUCGCGUGCGCAAGUGCAAACAAUUUUCCAGCACGCGUAACACAGACUUGGCAGCUACAGAUCCACUUGGCGUGCGUACGCGUUCGGUACGGCUGAAACGGAAAACUGCAAUGCAAAUGCGCUGCAAAUAAAACAAAGACCCAACGAAAAAAAAAACAAAACAUAAAAUUUCAAACAUGCAAACGCUUUAAAAAGACCCAAAAACUGUGCAAAAAGCAAAACGUUUAAGCAACAAUAAAAAAAAACUAGUGCAAUAAAUUAGUGUGUCCAGUGGAUAACAUAAAAUUGGAAUAGGAAACGGCUGCAAUUGCAGUGGCCGUCGAAUUGGGGAUUGGAAUUUAACCGCAACCUAAGACAAGCCAAGCAGCCGACGCUCGACGCGGGCCACUAGAAGAUGUCGUCGGUUAAGGUAGCAGUGCGUGUGCGCCCGUUCAACUCGCGGGAGAUUGCACGGGAGUCCAAAUGCAUCAUCGAGAUGAACGGCGCAACAACGGCCAUAACCAAUCCGAAAGUGCCGCCCAACACAAGCGAGUCCAUCAAACGCUUCAAUUUUGAUUACUCCUACUGGUCCCAUGAUCCCCGCGAUUCGGACUUCUCAACACAAUCGAUGGUCUACAAGGACAUUGGCGAGGAGAUGCUGCAGCAUUCCUUCGAUGGCUACAACGUGUGCAUCUUUGCCUAUGGGCAGACAGGCGCAGGCAAAUCCUACACCAUGAUGGGCCGCCAGGAGGAGCAACAGGAGGGCAUUAUUCCAAUGAUAUGCAAGGAUCUCUUCGGUCGCAUUCAAGAAACCGAAACCGAUGAGCUCAAGUAUUCCGUGGAGGUCUCCUACAUGGAAAUCUAUUGCGAACGCGUGCGGGAUCUGUUGAAUCCCAAAAACAAGGGCAAUUUGCGUGUGCGCGAACAUCCACUGCUGGGUCCCUAUGUGGAAGAUCUAUCCAAGUUGGCUGUCACCGACUACCAGGACAUUCAUGAUCUUAUCGAUGAGGGCAACAAGGCGCGCACUGUGGCCGCCACCAACAUGAACGAGACGAGCUCGCGUUCCCAUGCGGUCUUCACCAUUUUCUUUACACAACGUCGGCAUGAUACCAUGACAGAUUUGUUCACAGAGAAGGUCUCCAAGAUUAGUUUGGUCGAUUUGGCCGGAUCGGAGCGUGCUGACUCGACAGGCGCUAAAGGCACUCGCUUGAAGGAGGGCGCCAACAUAAACAAGUCCUUGACUACCUUGGGAAAAGUCAUAUCCGCCCUGGCGGAGGUGGCAUCGAAGAAAAAGAACGCAAAGAAGGCGGACUUUAUACCUUAUCGCGACUCCGCUUUGACCUGGUUGCUGCGCGAGAACCUGGGCGGCAACUCCAAGACAGCCAUGAUAGCUGCCAUAUCGCCAGCUGACAUCAACUACGAUGAAACUCUGAGCACCCUACGCUAUGCGGAUCGUGCCAAGCAAAUUGUGUGCAAGGCUGUGGUCAAUGAGGAUGCCAAUGCCAAGCUUAUACGCGAGCUCAAGGAGGAGAUACAAAAACUGCGCGAUCUGCUCAAGGCCGAGGGCAUUGAGGUGCAGGAGGAGGAUGAGCUGAACAAGUCGUCGGGGAUUAAGUCGCCGACCAAGGGAUCGCGUAAUCGCAACGGUUCGACCACGGAGAUGGCCGUGGAUCAGCUGCAGGCCAGCGAGAAGCUGAUUGCAGAACUCAAUGAGACCUGGGAGGAGAAACUGAAGCGCACCGAGGAGAUACGCUUGCAGCGUGAGGCGGUCUUUGCCGAGAUGGGCGUGGCUGUCAAAGAGGAUGGCAUCACAGUGGGCGUUUUCUCGCCCAAAAAGACAGCACAUCUGGUCAAUCUGAACGAGGAUCCCAAUCUGUCGGAGUGUCUGCUCUACUACAUCAAGGACGGCCUCACACGCCUGGGCACACACGAGGCCAAUGUGCCUCAGGACAUACAGUUGUCCGGCUCGCACAUUCUCAAGGAGCACUGCACCUUUGAGAAUCGCAACAGCACCGUCACCCUGUUGCCCCACAAGGAUGCCAUCAUCUUCAUCAAUGGCCGCAAGCUCGUCGAACCCGAGGUGCUGAAGACAGGCUCUCGUGUGAUUCUGGGCAAGAAUCAUGUGUUCCGCUUUACCAAUCCGGAGCAGGCCCGUGAGCUGCGCGAGAAGAUAACCGAGAACGAGGCAGAGAAUGAGGUUGAGAAGGCGGACACACAGCAAGUGGAUUGGAAUUUCGCACAGUGCGAGCUGCUGGAGAAACAGGGCAUCGAUCUCAAGGCCGAGAUGAAGAAGCGUCUCGACAAUCUGGAGGAGCAGUACAAGCGCGAAAAGCUCCAGGCAGAUCAGCAGUUCGAGGAGCAACGCAAAUCCUACGAGGCGCGCAUCGAUGCGCUGCAGAAGCAAGUGGAGGAGCAGUCAAUGACCAUGUCGAUGUACAGCAGCUACUCGCCAGAGGAUUUCCAUCAGGAGGAGGAUGUCUACACCAAUCCCAUGUACGAGUCCUGCUGGACGGCACGCGAGGCUGGACUAGCCGCUUGGGCCUUCCGCAAAUGGCGCUACCAUCAGUUCACAUCACUGCGCGAUGAUCUCUGGGGCAAUGCCAUAUUCCUCAAGGAGGCUAAUGCUAUUUCGGUGGAGCUGAAGAAGAAGGUUCAAUUCCAGUUCACCCUAUUGACCGACACCUUGUACUCACCGCUGCCACCGGAGCUCGCCUCCAGCGUUACACCCAUGCAGCCGGAGGAUGAGUAUGGCGCUCCACCAGUUUCCAAGACCCUGGUCGCCGUUGAGGUCACCGAUACCAAAAAUGGGGCUACACAUUAUUGGUCGCUGGAGAAGCUACGCUAUCGCCUCGAAUUGAUGCGUCAAGUUUACAAUGUCGAGAGUCCGCCUUCGUCUAUGCUCUUCGAUACGUCCAGCAUUGAGGCGUACGGCAGUGGAGCGACUGGGAUGGAGUUGUCAAGGCCUCCAGCUCCGCCUCCAAUUCAGUCCCAGGCCCAGUUCGAGCAGCAUGUGGAGCAGCCCGAGUUGAAGCCUCAGCUGCGUCAGGCGUUUCCAACGCGUUUGACAUUGGCCAAUCUGAUACCUUCUAGACAACGUUUGGAACUAAUGCGCGAAAUGUAUCACAACGAGGCGGAGCUGAGUCCCACUUCGCCGGACUACAAUGUGGAGAGCUUAACUGGAGGUGAUCCCUUCUAUGAUCGCUUUCCUUGGUUCCGCAUGGUCGGUCGCUCUUUCAUCUAUCUGAGCAACCUUCUCUAUCCUGUGCCCCUAGUGCAUAAGGUGGCCAUUGUCAAUGAACGUGGCGAUGUCCGAGGCUAUCUACGCAUUGCUGUGCAGCCGGUGCUCGACGAGGAGUCCAUUGAUUUCAACAACGGGGUCAAGCAGUCAGCUCGUCUGGUCUUUAACGAGGAUGAUGCCAAGCCCAAGUACCGUGCGCUUAACGAAAAGGACGAUGUGCAGCGUUACAUAGACAAUGGUGGACUGGACAGCAAACUGGAGGAACUAGAGGAUGCCGAUUCUGGUCGCGGCAUUGAUUCGAAUUCAGCCUCAGAGUACCAGGAGCAUGCCGAGGAGCCGGGCGAGCAUUUGCAGGUGGGCAAGGAGUUCACCUUCCGUGUGACCGUGCUCCAGGCCACGGGCAUCGGCGCCGAGUAUGCAGACAUCUUCUGUCAGUUCAACUUUUUGCAUCGCCAUGAGGAAGCCUUCUCCACGGAGCCGGUCAAAAACUCCGCCUCGGGCGCUCCGCUCGGUUUUUACCAUGUGCAAAAUAUAACUGUGCCCGUUACCAAAUCCUUUAUUGAGUAUUUGAAGACACAGCCCAUCAUGUUCAAGAUCUUUGGCCAUUAUCAGACACAUCCGCUGCACAAGGAUGCCAAGCAGGAGUUCGUUUCUCGUCCACCACCAAGACGCAUGCUGCCACCAAGCAUACCCAUAAGUCAGCCAGUGCGCAGUCCCAAAUUUGGACCGCUGCCCUGUCCGCCAUCAUCCACGGUCUUGGCGAAGCAUGAUGUGCUGGUGUGGUUCGAGAUCUGUGAGCUAGCACCCAAUGGGGAGUACGUGCCAUCGGUGGUUGAGCACAGCGAUGAUCUUCCCUGCCGCGGGCUGUUUUUGCUGCAUCAGGGCAUACAGCGACGCAUACGCAUCACCAUUGUGCACGAGCCGACGCCAGAGGUGAAGUGGAAGGACAUUAAUGAGCUGGUGGUUGGUCGCAUACGCAAUACGCCCGAGUCUUCGGAUGAGCAGGAUGAGGACGCCUGCGUCUUGUCGCUGGGCCUGUUUCCGGGCGAGGUUCUGGAGGUGCCUGGCGAUGAUCGCUCCUUCUAUCGCUUUGAGGCCGCCUGGGACUCCAGUCUGCACAACUCGGCGCUACUCAAUCGCGUCUCGCAGGGCGGCGAGACUAUCUACAUUACACUCAGCGCCUAUCUGGAGCUGGAUAACUGCGCCCGUCCGGCUAUUAUUACCAAGGAUCUCAGCAUGGUUAUCUAUGGACGCGAUGCACGCACCGGCCCGCGCUCACUAAAGCAUCUGUUCUCUGGCCAGUAUCGCAAUCCGGAGGCCAAUCGUCUCUCUGGCGUCUACGAGCUCUCGCUGCGUAGAGCAUCCGAAGCAGGUAGUCCAGGUGUGCAGCGUCGGCAACGUCGCGUUUUGGACACCAGCUCCACGUAUGUGCGCGGCGAGGAGAAUCUGCAUGGCUGGCGGCCACGCGGCGACUCGCUGAUCUUCGAUCAUCAAUGGGAGCUGGAGAAACUAACGCGUCUGGAGGAAGUAGGCCGCAUGCGUCAUCUGUUGCUGCUGCGCGAGCGUCUGGGCAUGGACACCAAUCCCAAUCCGACGACCAAGACCGAGAAGGAUGUUUGCAAUCUGGCUGCACGUGCGGCCACCUCGCCUGUGCACAUGCUGAUACCACAGUCGCCACAAACGCCCGUCAAGGAUCCGCAGCAGAUGAUGCCCGAGCGCGAGUACAAUCAGCGCGAGCAGGAGCUUAUGCUCAAGUGCUUGAAACUGGUGCAAGGUCGUUACAGCAAGGUCGAACAGAGCGAUACACAAACCCAGUCUGAUGUUUCGCCUAGCGAUGAGGGCUGCGCCGACAUGACAGUUAGCUGCAUCUCUAGCAAUUCCAUGGAAAAGAACAAAUUUGUAAUUCGACACAGAUUAUGCUCACCGGACCGCGCUGAUGCGCCAAACGGCUGGGAGGCACCCGCUCCGGCCACACAGCCGGCGCUGCCCAUGCGCUUGUAUGUGCCCGAACUGGAGGAGAUACGCGUUAGUCCUGUUGUGGCACGCAAGGGUAUCUUGAAUGUCCUCGAACAUGGCGGUUCCGGCUGGAAGAAGCGCUGGGUGAUUGUGCGACGUCCUUAUGUCUUUAUCUAUCGCUCGGAGAAGGAUCCUGUGGAGCGCGCUGUCCUGAAUCUGGCCACAGCACAGGUUGAGUGCAGUGAGGAUCAGGCGGCCAUGGUCAAAAUACCCAACACUUUCAGCGUGGUGACCAAACAUCGCGGCUACCUGCUGCAAACGCUGGGCGAUAAGGAGGUGCACGACUGGCUCUAUGCCAUCAAUCCGCUGCUGGCUGGUCAAAUCAAAUCCCGCCUGGCGCGACGCACACUGGAGCCGGCCUCGCAGACGGCAUCGCAGAUUCAGGCCAGCAACGCGGUGAACGCGGGCAGCGCGAACAAAUGAGAUACAAUUACGAUGGAAUCCGUUUUGGUUUACUGAGACGCAGGCUAUGGCUGGCUGCAACGACUGGGCAUCAGCAUGCGCUUGAAGCAGGCCCAACAGGCAGCUGGCAAUUGAUAAAAAGAUAGCUGGGAUUCCAUCGCAAAUGUUAAUGAACGUGCGAAUGAACACAAUAUAGGAGCAUAAGAACACACAACAGAAAAACAAAAGAAAAACAAGAGAAAACUUCAAAAUGCAAAGCGUACGUAAUAAUUAAGUAGUGACAACAAUGUUUAUUGAGUAUUGUAUUUAAUUAUAAUUCUAUUUUGAUAAUCGCCGGGCAGCCAAAAGUAAGCGGGCCACAAGUAUUGUGGCAUACUUUGCGGGCGCUCAGAAUUGGUAUUACGUUCAAAUAUGUUUUGUAAAUAGUUUCCGAAUUGUAUAAAUAUAAUCAUUAGUUAAUUAAUUGAUUAAUUUAUAAUUUAAUUGCCGAACAAAACUUUCAAUUUCCAAGUGAUAUUAUGUUGAAUACAGUCGAGCCUAUUUUUAAAGAACAGCACACUCCAAACACAAACAAUCCAACAAAAAAUAAAAAUACAUAUAUAUGCAUUUUAAAGGAGCAACUAAAGCAAACAUAUAUAAAAUCAUAUAUAUAUUUCUAUAUAUAUAUAUAUAAUACAAUAUUGUAAAAACAUAUAUAUAUUUGCUGUUUAUACACAAAUUUUCAACAAUUUACGAUAUAUUGUUUAAUUAAUAAUACAAGUCAAGCAAAGACAUAUGAAGAAAACACAAAAUGCAAUUACAUAUACAUAUACAAGACAAAGAAACAUAUAUACCUAUAUAUAUAUAAAUAUAUACAUAAUAUAUGUAUGUGUGUUAACGAAAAUGACCGUACAGUAUAUAGAACGUAGUGUGGGACUUAAAGUAAACGUACGCUCAGCAGUUUACAAUUAAUUGUUAAUGCAACUCUAGAAAUAUAAAUCUAUUCUCUAUAUGUAUGCGUUUGAUAAACUAUAUAAUUGAACUUCUCAAAAAAAGAAAGGAAAAGCCACAAGAGUUAUGAACAAUGUAAAUGGCACGGCAAUAUAAGAAGAGCAAAGGGAUGAACAAAAAAAAAAAAAAAAAUACGAAAAAGAAAAACAUACGAAUUAAAAGAAAACGCUUUAAUGCUCCAUAUAGUCUAAAGGCAAUGCAAAAAUUUGACGCUUAGAAGCUUUACGUUUAGUUAACCGCUAUAAACUGCUUUAAUCCUAACUCAUUCCUCUAUUUCUCUCCGUCUCUCUAUCUCUCUCUCUUUCGAUUUCAAAAGAACCACCUGCAGAUUGCUUAAAGCGAACAAAAUAUUUAACGUAGUUUUGAUAAUAUCUAAACGAAAACAAACAAAAAAAAAUUAAUGCAAAGGCCACCUGUAAAUUUCUAAGAUACUUUAAACAAAAAAUGUGCUUACAAUGCAAUAUCUACGCAGUAAAACCCUCUAAAACUUAUAGCCAUAUAUAUAUGUGUACAUGUAUGUAAACCUUCUGGCAAAAAAUUUGUAAAACAAUUUUUUCAUUUGCAAUUUGCUUCGGACAAGGCACGAGCUUAAGCCGGGACGUGCGGCGGGCAAUCAAAUUUGCCGUAGUGUGUGGGCCAGAACAUUGGGGCGCACUUGUACCCCGCGACAAGUGUGAAUCCGCCCCCUCGAAAAUGUUGUUUGGUGUUCGCUUUCGUAUGUUUUCAGUAUUGGAAAACGUUAAAAAAGAAAAUGAAACAAAUCACGAUAAGCGAGCGGAUUGAGUUUGAGUUUGUAGCGAAAUGUAAACAUUUGUUAAACUAUUAUGUAAUACUAAUUUGGAAUUGUAAAAUAUUAGAGAAUUGUAAUUAUAAUAAUCUUAUAACUGUACUCACAAUUAUGCGCUGAUUUAACCAAUCAAAAAGAAACAAAAAAAACUUAAUAGCUGCACACAGUAAAUGCCGAAGCUAAAUCCAAGUAUUAGCAAAUCUAUAUUGUUGAGCUAACUCCACUUAUAGUACAUAUAUACGAGUAUAUGAAACAUAUACAAAUACAUUUGAAAUUCACAAUAUACAUAUAUAUAAAUUAUAUAUACAA